UUAACAAACAAAGCAAAGAGAAGCCGUUCAUUCUGAGUCCCCUCUCUACGAACAAUCAGCAUAACAAAUAUCUUCCCUUAUUUUUCGAUGCCAUUCUCAUUUCUCGUGUCCAUAUUUUUUUCUUCUUAAUUUCAAUUUACAUAUCUUUCUCACUCUCCACAAUCACAAUCUAGAUCUCCGUAUUUGGCAUGACUAACUUCGACACAAAUCCCUUCGCCAAAGAAGAGGUUAAUCCCUUCGCCGAUGGAUCUGUUAGAGGGAAAGCAUUAGAGCAAUCAAAUUAUGGUGGCGGUGCAUUCUAUACUACCAACCCAGGAAGUGUUUCCUCAAAGCUGUCACCCCUGCCUCCUGAGCCUUAUGAUCGAGGGGCAACUGUUGACAUUCCUCUUGAUACCCCAAAGGAUUUCAAAGCAAAGGAGAAGGAGCUUCAAGCUAGAGAGGCUGAAUUAAAAAGAAGGGAACAGGAGCUAAAACGAAGGGAAGAUGCUAUAGCACGAGCUGGAAUCGUCAUAGAGGAAAAAAAUUGGCCACCUUUUUUCCCCAUCAUUCAUCAUGACAUUGCAAAUGAAAUACCUAUACAUCUUCGAACGAUCCAAUAUGUUGCAUUUACAACAUGGUUGGGUUUGAUUUUAUGUCUUUUAUGGAACAUAGUGGCAGUUACUGUCGCUUGGCUCAAAGGAGAAGGUCUGUCAAUCUGGUUUCUUUCUAUCAUAUACUUUAUUUCCGGUGUUCCAGGAGCCUAUGUGAUGUGGUAUCGCCCUCUUUAUCGUGCUACAAGGACGGAUAGUGCUCUAAAGUUUGGCUGGUUUUUCUUGAGUUACUCGGUGCACGUUCUCUUUUGCGUUUAUGCUGCAAUUGCUCCUCCACUUAUCUUCAAAGGAAAAUCUCUCGCAGGUUUUCUGCCUGCGUUUGAGAUAUUGGACGACAAUGCAAUAGUUGGGAUAUUGUACUUUAUUGGGUUUGGAUUUUUCUGCGUGGAGUCACUGCUGAGCAUCUGGGUUAUUCAGCAAGUAUACAUGUACUUCCGCGGCAGUGGGAAGGCUGCGGAGAUGAAGCGUCAGGCCACGAGAAGGGCCAUGAUGGCAGCUCUAUGACACGGCCAUCAAUUAUGCAUAGUGGCAUUGGCACCCAAAAUAUUGGUUUCCUGUUGCCACUUCCUUUUGCCCCUUUAAUGGUUUGGAUGUUUUAUUCUCUGGGUAUGGCCUAGGAAAUGAGUCUAACUAGACGGUUAAGAUAGAAACUCUAGUUGUGCAUACAUAGUUGAGAUACCCCUUUUAAAAUAUUUUAUAUUAGCAAAUAUGGUUCUUAAAAAUAAAUUUUUUUAUCUUUAUUAUAAA